AACUUUAUAAAUAAACGUGUUGCUUUCCUCCGAUGCCCGUGAAACGAGUUAAUUUAAACACCGCUGAGGGAAGCUGUGAGGAAGGAGUUUGAGGGGAGCAGUUUUGCAUAUCGGUGACAGCAGAGAGCCCUUGCUGGGCGAGGAGCAAGAAGGGAGGGGAGCCGGCUGCAUGGCUCACACACACUCACUUGCAACUCUUGGGAAAAAGCCACACAUUGCGCUCUGUAAUGAAUUACCUGUUUCUAUUCUCCUUUAGUUCUGGUAGGCAACAUGAGAAGCAAAAGUAGAUUAAGUAUGUGACCGGAAGGGAAAACGCCAGGAAAGCUCUUGUUAGCUGAAAGUAGCCCAUUAGUGGCGGUGUGUAGGGAGAGCUGGGACUCCCAGUGCCAUUAUCCUGGACAUACUCAAGGACAAGAGAUUUUUUUCUUCUUCUUCUGGGCGUAAGAGAACGAAAUCUAAACCUGGACUUAGGAGGAGAGGAUACGAAAAAAGUUUCCCUUUGAUAUAGGAUAUUCAUCAGUUCAGUUGUUCUAGCAGGGAAGCAACAAGCUGGGGGUGAGUACUGUGUCAUAGAGAAGGUAACGAUACCAGGGAAGAUAUAGAGGAGAUAUUGAUGGUUAGAGGAGGAAUAGCUUCUACACAACAUGCCAUUAAGUGUACCCUGCUCUACAGGACAUUUACAUGCUGGGAAGGGUUCUUUGUUAUAAAGAAGAUACUAAGAUUGGGAAGAGUAUGCUCUGUGUUAUGGAAAAGAUACUCCUAUAGGGAAGAGUACUGUAUUAUGGAGAAGAUACUUAUUUUGGAAAGACUGCUGUAUUAUAGAGCAGAUACUAGGAAAGAGUGCAGUGGUACAUAGAAUAUACUGUGUGACAAUAGAAUAUAUUCUGCGACGAAAAAAGGCACUGUGUUAUAGAAAAGAUAUUGCAAGGAGCUCUGUAUUAUAGAGAAGGUUCUGGGAAGGACAUUGUGUUGUACAGAAGAUACUGUGAAAAGUACUGUAUUAUACAGAAGAUGCUAGGAAGUAUCCUAUGCUAUAGGAAAUAUAAUGUGAAGAACAUUGUGUUAUACAGAAGAUACUGGGAGUAGUGCGUGUUAUUAAGAAGAUAUUGUGAAGAGUAUUGUGUUAUAGACAAGAUACUGGGGGGAGAAGAAUCUGAGGACAGUACUGGGUUUUCGUGGAUAUACUGGGAAGAGCAAACAAACUUCUUCUGGGGUCCUACAAGACAGCAGAGAUCGGUUGAGCAAAGAUAUCAGACCCCCAUGGUUACACAAUCACCCCCUCUUUCUACAGAAAAGUGCUACUCUAAGUUAAUAGCAACAGGUGACCUGUUGAAUAUUAAAGAGUUCACAGCGACUGCCUAUAAGCAGAUAUAUUGGGAGCAACAGAGCUUAGAAGAAGUGGUGAGAAGAAACAAGCAGUCACCUGGCAGCAGAGACCCCCAUACUGUCUGGCACCUUCUAGGGGGCUAAUGGAGGAGACAUUAUGUGGCACUGAGUGACUGCCCAGAAGUUGCCACUGGCAUUGAGCUGUAUAGCCCCAGUGGAUGUGGAAGCCUAGGGUAGCCGGGUUGUCUCUCCACCCUCAGUGCUAUGGUGCUGCCUAGGACCAUCCUGGAGGAGGAGUGGCAGUCGGAGGGACUGCAGACUGUCGGCAUUGUCUUUUUAAUCUUCAGCUCCCUGAAACUUUUGCACUUCCUGGGGAUUAUAGACUUUUCGGAGGAAGACAGUGUAGAAGAUGAUUUUGAGCUGUCUACCGUUUGUCACCGUCCUGAAGGAUUGGAACAGCUACAAGAACAAACCAAAUUCACCAAAAAAGAACUUCAGGUUCUAUAUCGAGGCUUUAAAAAUGAAUGUCCAAGCGGAAUUGUUAACGAAGAGAAUUUCAAACAGAUUUACUCACAGUUUUUCCCACAAGGGGAUUCCAGCAUGUACGCUCAUUUUCUCUUCAACGCAUUUGACACUGACCACAGCGGCUCUGUCAGUUUUGAGGAUUUUGUAGCGGGGUUAUCGGUGAUCUUACGGGGGACUAUAGAUGACAAGCUCAACUGGGCCUUCAAUUUGUAUGACUUGAACAAAGAUGGCUGCAUCACUAAAGAGGAGAUGUUGGACAUUAUGAAGUCUAUCUAUGAUAUGAUGGGAAAGUACACAUACCCAAAUAUGCGAGAGGAAGCACCAAGGGAACACGUGGAAAACUUCUUUCAGAAAAUGGACAGAAAUAAAGACGGAGUGGUUACAAUUGAAGAAUUCAUUGAAUCUUGUCAGAAGGAUGAAAAUAUCAUGAGGUCCAUGCAGCUGUUCGACAAUGUCAUUUAGCAACACUACUAAUCUAGGAGAUGUUAAAAAAAAAUCUCAGUUGUUUCCGAUAGACUUCUGGCUGCACAAAAUACAGAAUAGUGUGCUCAAUGCAAACUCAAAUGCAACUAUAAUCUCUCUCUGAUUUCCUGGCUGUUCUACUAUAUAUAUUUAUAUAUAUAGAAAAGUAUUCACAAGCAGAUCCCUCACUGGAAGAUUCCAAAAGCUGCCGUCUGGGGACAAUAGAACAAUGGCACCUACUGUACCCAACCUGCAGAGGGACCUUCAUCUUACGUUUGGCACAAACUACAAAUGUAGCUUAUUCCAAUGAAGGAAUUGAAGCAAUUACUUGAGGUGACGGGGAAUUCUCAUCAUUCUAUAGCAUAAAAUUUUUUUCCAUGACCAACAUAAAAACCCAGGGAAUUAAUUCAAUUAUUUUAUUUUUUUUUUACCUUUAAAGUAUUAAUAUGACAGGAACGCUACCAGCUUCUAAGGCAUUUUACUUGUUGCACCUUUAGUUUUGGCACUCUGCAUUAUUCAACAAUAGGGGUGAUUUAGAACUGCAAUGAAAUAGGUACCUCAGUUUUAUUGGCUGAUUUGUACUCUGUUAUCAGUUAUGGGUGAAGAUAUUGAGGGAUUUGUGCUGAAACCUGUGUUGAACUGCUUGGAUAGCAGUGGGUUACAUGGUUCUGCUGUGUUGGUACAGGGGAAGCAGUCAGACAAGCACAGUAACUUCUGUACAUUUAUUAUAACAUGGCAGGUAAGACUGGCCUGCUCCAUACUUGCCCUCAGCUUAGACAGGAAGUCGGAAACAGGAACAGGAUAAUGAAUCAUUGACAAAUCGCAAAACGGUAGGAAUGCCCUUAACCAAAAUGUCCACACAAGCAGAGUUUACCGCAGAACUUCCAAUAUAGUCUAGGCAUAUCGUGCCCAGUCUCGCUACAAUACAUCAUUUUUAUGGUAAAAGGUAAUUGAAGCAUUCAGCAAAAACUAAUUAAAUGAGUAAAAAAUCCAGAACAUAACAGAAUCCAUUCCCAGUUAUUUUAUUCCAGUACUUUGAAUUGUUUAAUUUAUUUAAUUUUUACUUAGAAUCCAUGCUUUCUUUCCUUUACCCUUCAUCAAUUUUUACAUGUAAUUUUAAAUAUGUUUUCAGGUCUACAUUUCAUUCCUAUGUUAUACAUUCUGCUUUUUACACUUUCUAUAAAAGUAUUCUCCCAUAGACAAAAGAAUGGGAAAUAGAUUUAGCUGUUCUGAAUUUAGCGGAAAAAAAUAUCCCUAGCAUCAGCUUCUAUGACCGACAAAUCUCAUUUUCUGCUUGAUGAUUUGCAACAAUACCUAAGCUUAGCUUCUCUACAGCUGCUCAGAGCACACUGAGCAUGUGCAGUGCCACUGACUCCUAACUACACCCAAGAUGGGUGCUCCUCUGCACUAAUUUGUAGGUUUGAAUCAUUACUGUUAUAGAAACAUUAGGCUGGUGCAGUAAGCUCAGUAAAUAAAACAGGGUAUUUCUAGCUAUAUUUGUUUUUAGGGAUUAGUUCUCCUUAAAAGCAAUAUGUUUUAUUUGUCAGGUUCUUAAGAAGAAGGCUGAUUGCUUAUGGUAAAUAUCAAUUUGGGUGAUUGGUAGUGUAGGUUGUGAGCAGAGGUGGAAUAUGAUGGUGGAGGCUCCAUGUCCAGCAGUGAUAAUAGGAAAAAUGAUAACAGUUUGUAAGAGCUGAUUUGCAUCCCACGUUGAAUUCAGAAACCUAAAACCAACCAGAAUUUUUAAGCAAAAGAAAUAGAGGGAAGCACAGCAUCCAGGCUUUGGUUUGGGAUUCAGCUGAACUCUGAGUGUCCAACGAGAACCCUUAACACUUGGAUUUUCAACAAUUAGGUGGGAGAGCAAUGCGGGUGUGGGCACGAAAUGAACAAAGAAAAAAAUAGACCAAAAUAAAACAAAAUAGACAAAGAAGAAGAAAAUCCUUUGCACUAGCCCAUGCAUAUAGACAAAGAUUAGAAAUCCUCUGCACUUACCCGAGUGAGGGCAGCGGCAUGGUUUCUUGAAUUUGUCUAAUGCUGAAAUCUGCCAGUUGUAAUGUCAGUGACUCACAGCACAAAAUGCAUUAAUGUUCCAAAUGCAUAUAGACAAAGGCUAGAAAUCCUCUGCACUCACCCAUACAUACAGGCAAAGACUAUAAACCCUCUGCACUCACCCAUAUAUACAGGCAAAGGCUAUAAACCCUCUGCACUCACCCAUACAUACAGGCAAAGGCUAUAAACCCUCUGCACUCACCCAUACAUACAGGCAAAGGCUAUAAACCCUCUGCACUCACCCAUACAUACAGGCAAAGGCUAUAAACCCUCUGCACUCACCCAUACAUACAGGCAAAGGGUAUAAACCCUCUGCACUCACCCAUACAUACAGGCAAAGGGUAUAAACUCUCUGCACUCACCCAUACAUACAGACAAAGGGUAUAAACCCUCUGCACUCACCCAUACAUACAGGCAGACUAUAAACCCUCUGCACUCACCCAUACAUACAGGCAAAGGCUAUAAACCCUCUGCAGAGGAUUUCUUGACUUUGCCACUAAGGUGCAUUCUGUCACUGACCCACAGCCUUUUGGUUGCACAGAAAGAGAAUGUUAGGUUGAGGAACUCAUAAAUAAAUCAGUACCUAAUGAAACUAUUUGCAAAACAGAUGAAUUAAAUAUGCACUAUGGUUUAGUUAUAUGUAUUUUAAUAGUGGCAGUUGCCUUUUUAAAUAAGUAUACCCUGCUUUAGAUUUUUGAAAGUCAGUAAGCUGUAGGAGACUUUUCCUCCUUCAAAAGGCGAAUAGCUAUUUAUGUUGAGAGACUUCUACCUGAUUAUAAAAUAAUUUGAACGUAGGAGAUACAGUAGGUGUCCAAAAUGGGAUUUUAAAAUUGUUGAUCAAUGGUAUAUACAUUUCCAUUAAAGCAGCACAGGGUUUGUCAUUUUCCUGCUAGAAAGAUUGAAGAAAUAGCUGGGUUAGUAAUAGUGAAUGAUAUUAAUGGAAUUGCAAACCCUUAAGACAAAGGAAUGUAAAAGAUCUCAGAGUCCUCAUCACCACAUGUGUCUUUUCUCAGACUUAAUAUUUUUCCUGGUGGCCAAAAUAGGCAGCAAUGGCGCUGUUUCAAAUGAAUGACAUAGUCAGUAUAAAACCGCUAACAUCUUGAAAACUAGAAAAUGCAAAUUGCAAAAGUGCUUAGAAGGGUACUCUGAGCUAUUUUACAUGAAUAUGUUUGGGGGGUUUCCAAUCUCCUAUAAAGAAAACCAGUCCCUAGUUCGACUUCUGAAGUACUACACUCCCUUUUGGAUCUCAGGGGGGCUAGAAGAAAAGGGUUUCUAUGCACGUCUUGAUUCUUUCUUUACCUUAUUUUUAGAAAGUGCAAUAAUAUCCCAACCAGUUCUUAUUUAUUAACUGUGUGUGUGUGGGGGGGUUGGGGUUGUUUUUUUGGGGGGGGUGAAUAAAUGAAGCAACUGAAUAGCAUGCUUUAGGAAUUCAGGACAUUCCUUACUUCAGCCUCUGUAUGUCGAUAACUCCAGGGGCCACCACCCCACAGAGUUGGGAGAAGCUGAGGACCACAGUGAGCAAUAUCCCAAGGCUGGAGACAACCAAUGACAUUGCACUGUUACCAGCCCGCUCUUUUGACAUCACACAGGGAUGCCUUGCUGCCAAUAGGGAAUGUUGCCUCUCACAGCAUGACCGACAUGGACUGAAAGUGUGUAUUAACCUCUCAUUCAGAGAAAGCGUUCUCAUCUAAAGGAAUGUUUCCAUCUUAUCUUCCUUUUGAGUAAUUUGGUAACGAAUGCCUCUCUCACCAUGUAGGUAAUACAGCACUGACCUGAGAUCUUACAUAUACACGCAUGAAGCUAUGUAUAUAUCCCACGACUCCACUGUACCUUCAGGUGUCUAGUUUGUUAGCCGAUGAUAGCUGCUUUGCAUUUCAAAUAUGUAUAUUUUGUACAAAAGAUUAAAAAAAAAUAAAAACAAGAUUGCUAUGCA